AUGAAACUCAAGGCAUAUUUUGUUUUUCUGAUUAAUUUAUUGGUACAUGCAGAAUUCAGGUCGAAUUUCAUGUUACGAAAUCCGUCCUAUGAUAACAAAGCAACUAUUGCAAUCCAUGUUUUAUUGACGCCAAACUCCCGUAGUCGUUUAGAGUGUGUAUCUCAAUGUACAGCUUGGGGUGAGUGUAAAUCUGUGAUGUUCAACAUGGACACACGUCAAUGUCAACUUCUGUCUGUCCACAUGGGUGACCAAUCAGACGCAGGACCACAUAAUUCCGUAGGAUGGUUGUACUAUGAGAAGAAGUCUGAUGAUCCGUUGUCAACAACUGCAGCAGCUAGUGUCAUGACUGAUGUGACAACAGUAGUUAACUUUGAAACUACCACCGGAUUUGAUUGCGCAAUAUGGCACCAGCAUUCGGGUCAUUGGUACUUGCUGGAUUCUCAAUACAGAACAUUCAAUGACUCAAGGAAUUUUUGUGCCAGCCUGUCUCCACCAUCUUAUGUUAUUGAAGUACAAUCUGAAGCGGAAAACGAUUGGAUCGUCGAGCUUACAUCUAACCGAUGUGGAGUACCUCACGAAUACUGGCUGAACGGCUACGAUACAGAUAACUCUGGGACGUUUACGUGGAUUGACAGUCAAACUCCGUCAACUUACACAAACUGGUACACUGGUGAACCGAAUGAUUCUAUAGGCAUUGGUACUGAGAAUUGUAUUGCAUCAUCUACUGGAUAUGGAGGAGUGUGGGUUGAUAUUCCAUGCUCAAUGACAAGACCGGUUGUUUGUGAAAGAAAUUUUUAGAAGAGAUAUAUGAAGUGACCAAUCACGGAGAACCCAAACCAUUGUUGAACAUGUAGAAAGAACAGAUUAGUUUAUUCAACUAGACACGAUCUCGUUGCGAGCAACGAGGAGGUCUUCCGUCCGAUUUUUAGAAUACGGAAUUACCUUGCUCUUGAUCUUCGUCAACGAAACGUAUCUGGAAAUGGAAGCGGAGUCUAAGAGUAAUAGGUGAAAGACUAUCUACCCCUUUUGUGUCCCUUUUUUAAGGGAUCAGCUCCUUUUCAUUCAUUUUAGUUAAAAGGUAUUUUUGUGUACUGCUAAUAAGUGUUUAGAAAUUGGUUAUC